UUAAAAUAUUCAUGUAAGACCCUUACACAUAUGAGUCUGUAUCCUCAUGCGAACAGGAGAGAGAUAGAAAAGAGAUGAUUUUCAAAAGAUAAACAUAGAAAAAGAGAAACUCAAAUUAAUCAAAGAUAUAAUAUAAUGUGUAUUUAUAGAUCAGAUCACAUCUUUAAGCUUCUUCUUCUCCUUCUUCUCCUUCUUUUCUCGUCUACUCUUUUUCUUCUCAAACUCAGUAGAACAGAAACUCUUACUAUAGACCAGAAAACAGAUCUGGGCUUUUGUUUUUGUUGAUGUCUUCAUACAGGGAAGGAUUUCAAUCAGGAUCCAUGGCUUUUGAGUAAGUUAAUCUAUUACACGAUCACAAAUUAAGGUAUGUAAUCAUUUCGAUAAUCCUCCCCUUGAUGUCUCCAUUGUUGUUUCCUCUAUCGGGUUCAUUGAUUCAUCAAAUCUCCUUUUAAGAUAAUUUUAUAGGCUAAAAUCUGUUGUGACUGACAAAAAUAAAUCAUUGUUAACAAUAAUGCUUAGUUAGGUUACAUUAUCCGUUUGGUAGGCGUUUCAUCAAUUUAUAAGAACAGUACUUAAUAGUACUAUAUAUACAACAAUAAUAAUGUUCGGAUUCAGAUCCAAAUAUUGCAUGUUUGUUGGUAGUAAUAAAAAUACAAUUCUUUUAUUUAUAUACAUUACCUAGUUCAACACAGUUUUUUUGGUUGUUUUUUGGUCUUUUUAUUAGCUAAAUACAGUUUUCCUAGUGUGAAAAAGCAUAAUGUGUCUACCUACAUAAAGAGUGUCUCACCAUAAAUCAAAAUGUGUGGUUUUUUUUUCUUUAAGCACACCACACUAGCAGCUACACUGAAUAAUGAAUAUUGCGCUAACUAACUUAAUUAGUUUGUUGGGUAUUUAGUGGUUAAUGUUGAAUUUUGCAUCAAGUUCUCUCCUUUGACAAAACAAAAUGAUGGAAAGUAAAAAAAAAGGACCUCUAAUCUAAUAGACAAACUGUAUAAGGUUCGUACAUGUCAGUCUAUUAUUUAAUUCUACAACGCCGAAUAAUUUUUUGAAUUUUUGACUCGCCUUUAAUUAUGUACUUUUUUUUUUUACCUCAUACAAGUGAAAAAGGGACAAUCGUACUUUUCACCUUUAACUUUCCUUUUUAGUAUCAUAUCGAAUAAAAAGAUAAACCAUUUCUUUUCCAGAGAUCGUUUUGUAUUUUCAAAAUAUCUUCUAUUCUUUUUUUCCUGAUAAAUGCUAGCUAGUAUCACGUAAAUCAUUUACAAAUCUAAUCGUUUAAAAAUCCUAGGGGUAUCAUACUAGAUUAUUGUAGACACUAUUUUAAUCUAACGUGAAUAAUAAAAUUUUCAUUUGAAUAUUUUUGUAUUGUAUUUACUUGUAGCUUUGAAAUGGGCCACGUAAAUGGGCCAUGCUAAGACCCGGCAACCCAUGUGAGAUAUGAUCUCCGGCACUAUAAUCCACGUUGUCUCACUGAUAUCUCUAAUUUUUUUUUUUAAACAAUAUCAUCGUCUUAAUAUUUUAGGAGCGUUAAUUAAUUUUGAAAAAUCAAUAGGGACUGGACUGUAUAUAUUUUAAAAGCUACCACCGUACCAUAAGAUUCUUACCAUAAAGAGCCAAAAAUAUAAUAAGAUUUUAUUUACCACAUCUCCAGAUUAACAGCUUUUUAAUCUAUCUUGUUUUCUCCACUAAAAAGAAUACUAUUACUAUUAUUUUUCCGCUAUCGAACAAAAGAAAAAGCUUCAGAUUAAUCUCCCACGCGCUCGUUCGUCCCAACACUUAUCAUUAUUUUACAAGGUAACCAGACCAGUCAACAACUUGACCAACCCAAUCUCAGUUUAAAACUAACUCCGAUAGUAUUUGACAGAACUGUAACGUUGACAUGUGAUCUUUUCUUUCUUCAACUGGUCACACAAAAAAAAAAAAAUUGGCUACACUCCUACAGAAUAAUCGUUGAUGCAAAAAAAAAAGAAAAAAAAUAUCAGAAAAAGUGAAGUCAGUGGCUAAUACGCGCCAAAGUGGGAGCGUGAGUAAGGUUUGAAUGCACCUGAAACUGUCUGGUCAAUAAGUUAAAGUGCAUGGGAGAAAUCUUUGUUGCUGUUUCCUAUCUCUCUCUCCCUUUUUUUUUUUUUUAAUAUAAAGUAACAACAAAGUGUAAUGAUAUACACACUCGUAUAUGGACAAAAAUCUGUAUAUUGUGAUGGACGCAAUGAGUAGUAUCAUGUAAACCGUAUAACUUACUAGUAAGCUUGAUUUUGUUUUUUUUUUCUUUUUUUUUGGGCAGGUUAAUUUUAUAAAAUUUUAAAAUGGAGGAGGAAAGCCAAAAGCCGCAUCGAGUUUCACGUAAAUUAGAGCAAAGUGGAUCCCACUGUAGUAGUCAAGGAGCCGAUGAAGAGCCGAGAUCAGCCAGAUGCUCCCGGAAAAGGUGUCGGUCUUGGGUGGCGGCGGGGAUCGCUGACUGCGUGGCGCUCUGCUGUUGUCCCUGCGCGGUCUUGAACCUCCUCACCCUCGCCUUCGUUAAGGUCCCCUGGAUGAUCGGGCGGAAAUGUGUCGGCCGGAGUAAGAAGAAGGGGAGGAAGCGGGAGGAUCGUUUACAUCAGCAGCAGCAGAAACGGAGGUCGGCAGAGAUGGUGAGCGGUGGUGGUUGUUGCGGUGGCGGAGAUGACGACCACCGGUUUGUGGUGGAGAGAGAUGGGAGUUUGACGAAGGAAGGAGAAGAAAGAAGGGGGGCGUCGUUAGAAGGAGAAGAGACGAGGAUAAGUGCGAGAGUGGAAGCAGAGAGAGUUUGGUUGGAGUUGUAUCAGAUUGGUCAUCUUGGCUUUGAGAGACGAUUUGCUGAGAGAGAGAAGAGAGGCGAUUCUGGUGAUAUGGGGAGCGAGCAGCCGACGAAAGUGAUGGUGGCCGUGAACGGCUCGACGAUCAAAGAGUACCCUCACCCUUCGAUAAGUAGCAAAAGAGCUUUCGAAUGGACUCUGGAGAAGAUCGUCAGGUCCAACACUUGCGAUUUCAAGAUUCUCUUGCUCCAUGUCCAAGUCCUCGACGAAGACGGUUUUGAUGACGUUGACAGCAUUUAUGCUUCCCCUGAUGAUUUCAGAAGCAUGAGAGAAACUAACAAGGCUAAAGGUCUUCACCUUCUCGAGUUUUUCGUUACAAAAUGCCAUGAGAUUGGGGUUGCUUGCGAGGCCUGGAUUAAGAUAGGUGAUCCCAAGGAUGUUAUUUGCAAAGAGGUCACCCGAGUCCGACCUGAUUUUCUCGUUGUUGGAAGUCGUGGUCUUGGCCGCUUUCAAAAGGUCUUUGUGGGGACUGUGAGCGCGUUCUGUGUGAAACAUGCCGAGUGUCCUGUUUUGACGAUCAAACGCAAUGCCGAUGAAACUCCCAGUGAUCUAGCUGAUGACUAAAUUAUAACAACAACCUCCCCUUCUUUGAUUUAUUGCAGAGAGUGCUUUUAUUUUGUGUCCAAUAAUCCAAAUUCAUACCUUUAAUAUUUGUUAUCUCUGUGUGUGUUUGUAUGUAUGUGUCGUGCAGUCUGCUAUUUUUUGGAAUUGGUUUUCAAACUUAAACCUACUGCUAUAUACAGUAUUUGAUUUAUGUUUUAACUUUUCAUAUA